AUGGGCAUUGUUGACAAAAAAAGUUCUUCGCCUGAGGCCCAGGCUGUCGAUACUCUCCCUAGAGAUGCAACAGACGACGAGAUAGAGAAUCUCCCACACAUUGUUGACAAAAUUCCAUCCCCAGCGUGGGCAGCCGCUCUGAUUGGAGCGUCUGAGAGGUUCAGCUAUUACUGUUUCGUUUCCAUUUGGCAAAACUAUCUUCAAAACGAACGAGACUCUCAAUUUGUACCAGGAGCUCUCGGACUGGGGCAGGCAAAGGCAACAGCAAUAUCCAAUGGAUUUUUUAUCUUUCUUUUCCUAACGCCCAGUUGCUUCGCCAUUGUCUCUGACAUAUGGCUUGGCCGUUACAAGACCCUAUUACUGGGGCUUUUCUUGUCGUUUUGCGGGUCACUCAUCAUGUUUGUUACAGCCCUGCCCUUUUCCCUUGACAGAGGUGCAGGUCUUCCAGGUUUAAUUGUCGCUAUGGUCCUAGUAGGACUGGGUGUUGGUGCAACAAAAGCAACCGUUUCCCCAUUCAUUGGCGAUCAGUAUGUCCAAAAGAGUCCUCAACUCGUUCGGCAAAAGAAUGGGACUCUUGUUGUUGUCGACAGCACAAGAACGCUGCAAUUUCUCUACAAUGCCUUUUACUGGUUCACAAAUAUAGCUUCCCUCUCGUCCAUUCCCGCCACAAUCCUAGAAAAGGAGUAUGACUUUUGGGCGGCCUAUCUCAUGGCAGCCACCUCACUUAUGAUUGCCGUGAGCCUUCUUUUGAUAUUUGGGCCACGCUUAGGCAAGAUUCGGCCUGGGGAAAACUGUCUUCCACGAGCUAUCAAGGUUAUGACAGUGGCAGCAAAAAAUGGGCUCAAGCUGGAUCAUGCGAAGCAAUCAUACCAGAUGGAGAAUCGUGGUAUCUUGGUCUCAUGGAGUGACAAGUUCGUGGACGAGUUAAGACGC